AAGAACACGGUUUUCAAUGACAACUAGCUGCCUCGACACCUUUUAAAAAGACAGGAAAGUGUAGCAGGACUUACAGUAAACGUUAAAGGUCCUUGUGUCGUCGUUGUUAUUGUUGUUGUCCUCUUGUACAGUUAAUCAGUUACUAAGCUCAUAUAAUGGCUGACUGCACCGACCUUAUACCUGUGGUGAGCAGCCUGUCUCCUGUGAAAGAGGAGCAGGGUGAUGGAGGAGGAGGAGAAUCAGAGAGAGAUGCAGGAGGAGGUUUGACUGAUGCUCAGAGAGAGGUGUUGGAGAGAUGUCUUCAUUCACUCAGACAGGCUCAGAAUGACAGCCACACUCUGGCUGCUCUGCUGCUGAUAACUCGCUUGUGCCCAGCAAGCCAGCUAGACAAACCCACCCUGAAGCACAUCUUCGAGGCCGUUGGCCUCAACCUUCCGGCUCGGCUUCUGGUGACAGCUGUCAGAGGGAGCGACAACUCCGGCUUACCCCCACAGGAGCUCCUUUCUCUGGGCGCGGCUCUGCUGGCUGCCCUGAGCACAGACCCAGACAUGGCCUGCCAUCCCCAGCUCCUCACCACCGUCCCGCUCCUGCUGGGCAUUUUAGCCAAUGUUCCCAUGGACCAGCAGAAACAGGAUCAGAACCAAGACGUAGAGAUGGAGGAGCCGAGUCCAGAUCGUAAAGAAAGUGAUCCUGCCAAUGCAGCGAAAUCAGCAGGAGAGGUCCAGACCAGCAAACAAAAGGGUGAUGGUGGCGGCGAUGAAGCAAACGGAGUGUCAACAUCUCAAGAAACCUCCAAGCUGGAUGAGGCCAUGGCUGCUGACUGCUACCAGAUUCUCACAGCUGUGUGUGCCUUACCCAGAGGUCCCGACCAGCUGUUGAGCAGGGGUGCCAUUCCCGCUCUGUGCCAGGCAGUGGAGGAAAACCAGACUUUCAGCCGCGAGAAGGGGCUCCCCUUGCUCGGUUGCCUCCUCUCAGGUAAAACCAAGGACAAAGUGUGGAGUAAACACCGCGCAGAACUCCUCGAUCUGCUGGUCAGGCUCUCCAAAGAUUUCUGCCAAGCCAAAGACCACACCCAGCUGGACAUGUGUGCCCAGUUGGUGCAGUUUCUCCCCCCAGUGGGAGUGUCAGCAGAGAGCGAGGAGCUGAGGGGAGUCGUGGCCCGCGUAUGGGAGGCGUUGAGGCCCAUGUUGCAGGCUAAGUUGACGCCGAGACAAAUCGGUCCCAUCCUGGUCCUCAGCGCUUGUCUGCUGGAUUUGCACAGGUGGGAGCUGGUGGGGCCGCCAAAGUUCUGCUGCUUGCUGGUGAACCGAGCUUGUGUGGAGGUCAGGAUGGGUUUGGAGGAACUGCCUGGUAACGUGCUGAGCCCGGAGCUACAGCACACACUCACAGGCUGUUACCGAAUCAUGGAGGCCGCCAUAGAGCAGGCCUGCUGUCUGGCAGUGUCCCCGACCGCCGAACCCACUCAGAGCUCCAUCCCUUCAAUCAGUCUGCAGCAGAGCAGGCAGGUCCUCGGGGUGCUGGAGGAGGCCUUCUCCGCUUUGAUGUACCACCUGCAGCAGGUGGAUCCAAGUCGCUAUGGCGACCCUUUUAUUUUCGCCACAUUCCGCUCCCUGUGCUCAUGGCUGGCCGAGGAGACUUCCUGUCUGAAGGAGGAAGUGACUGGACUGUUGCCAUUCCUGAUCGGCUACUCCCGGAGCCACCUGCAGGGCGAAAGCCCAGAGCAGGGCCUCUCUGACUGGAUGGCCGAGGUGUCCGCCAGAGAGGAGACGGGGGCGUGGACUGGCAGAGAAGCUCUGAGGUAUCUCCUCCCAGCUCUGUGCCACCUGUCAGCAGAGGAAGGUCCCAGGAAGGUGCUGCUCACCCUCGACACCCCGGCCCUGCUGGUGGACUUUCUGUCGCGGUGCUGGACUUCCCUCAAGGGGAAAAGCGGGGUGGCGUCGGCCAGGGAUCCCAGCAUGGAGACGGCCUGCUCGGCACUCCUCAACUUCACCGUCACAGAGCCAGAGAGAGUCAGGAAGGACCCGUGUUUCCGAACGCUGGAGGUCCUUUUGAGUGAAGCACUUCCUGUUUUGGUUCAUAAACCCCGCCUGCUGGUCCUAGCAGCGAAUUACUGCACGUUGGGACUGAUGAUCGGCAGACUCAAAUCACCUCCUUCAGACUCCGUUGAAGCCGGCCAGAGGCGGCUCUUCUCCACGGCUCUCCGGUUCCUCCGCAGCGCCCUGGACUCCGGCUCGAGCCCCGGCCCGGUGAAGGUGAGCCUCGGCUGGGAGGAGAGCUGGGACGAGGCCGCGGAGCUCUGGAGGUUGUGUCUUCAGGCUCUGGGAGGCUGCGUCCGCGCUCAGCCCUGGAUCGCCGCCCUGGUCAGAGAAGAAGGUUGGCUCAAACACACGCUCGCCAUGCUGAGUCAGUGCAGCGCGCUACCUGACCAGCACACGCAGGCGGCGCUAGAGGAGGCUCUGUGCGCCAUGGCGGACCAGUGCCUGGUCUGCAAAGGGGAGAUUAGAGACGUGAUGAGAAAUGAUAAAGGAGCUCUUACGUGUAUGAGGAACCUGAAGAAGUCAGUGGGAGUGAAGUGAAAACUGCUGCCAACGGACAAUCCGCUCUUUAACGGAGUAUUUUGAAGUACUAAAGGAGGGCUGUUACUGAAGCCAACCAUGCGUGUUUAUUGCUUGUACCAAUUUGACAUAAAUAAUGUGUUAACCCAGACUUGCCCCAGACUUUGUGCACUUUGCAAAUGAGCUUGCAUUGAAAAAGAGGGCACUUAAAGUUAUGAACAUAUUUUAGUGUAAAAUAAUGCAAAUGUUUAGACAGCUGUGCUCUGAAAAGACACAGUUUCUUACAUGUCAAUUGUGAAAUGUCUUUAAUAAAGAGCUAUUUUGUUAGAAAACCUA